AGUACUUUUGAGUGUCAUGGAAAAUGUAUUGAGUAAAAAGUACAUGAUUGUCUUUAGAAUAGGAGUCGAGAAGGUCAGUGUGCAAAAUCUGGACAUGAUAGAUUGCGGCGAAAGAAAAAGAGUGUUAUAGACAAGAUAAAAACGUCAAGACAGAAGAGAGAAAGGCCAACUCCGAUUAUGUCUGAGGCUGGUAACAUCAAAAGUGAGGACAAACCCAAUCUACAGUCACUGGGUCCUGAUUGUGACAGUGGAGCCCAGUUUGCUCUGCAGGAUCCAGAGAUGGCAUCAGUGAAGCUGGAAGACUGCAGUCAAACACUGGAGCUGAAUGUCAACAUUAAAGAUGAAGAAGAGGAGGAAAAGAUUGGGAAAUCUCUUUCUCAUGGAGACCAUGUUGAGACAUUCUCUACAUCCAGAAAGCAACAGCAGGAAGAUCACAGAGCUAAGAGGUCUCACCAAUGCCCACAUUGUGAGGAAAUUUUCCCAAAACUAUCAAAGUUAAAAAUACACCUACAAAUACACACAGGGGAGACUCUGUAUUCUUGCACUGACUGUGGGAAGAGUUUCACAACAUCACAGGCUCUGACAGUUCAUCUGCGAGUCCACACUGGAGAAAAACCUUACUCCUGCUCUGACUGUGGGGAGAGUUUCUCGCAUCAGAGCAACUUAAAAACACACCAACGUAUACAUACAGGAGAGAAGCCUUACUCCUGCUCUGACUGUGGGGAGAGUUUCUCUCAACAGAGCAGCUUAAAAACACACCAACGUAUGCACACAGGAGAGAAGCCUUACUCCUGCUCUGCCUGUGGGAAGAGUUUCACCUCAUCAAGCAGCUUAAAAAAACACCAACGUGUACACACAGGAGAGAAGCCUUACUACUGCUCUGAUUGUGGGGCGAUUUUCUCUCAGCAGAGCAGCUUAAAGUCACACCAACUAAUACAUACAGGAGAGAAGCAUUACUUCUGCUCUGAUUGUGGAAAAUGUUUCACAAGAUCAGUUGAGCUAAGAGUUCAUCUGAGAACACACACAGGAGAGAAGCCUUACUGCUGCUCUGACUGUGGGAAGAGUUUCUCUCAACAGGGCCACUUAAAAUGUCACCAGCGAAUACACACAGGAGAGAAGCCUUACUACUGCUCUGACUGUGGGAGGAAUUUUUUUCAACAGAGUGGCUUAAAGUCACACCAACGUAUACACACAGGAGAGAAGCCUUACGCAUGCUCUGACUGUGGGAAGAGUUUUUCAAAUCAGAGCAACUUAAAAACACACCAACGUAUACAUAAAGGAGAGAAGCCUUACUCCUGCUCUGACUGUGGGAAGUGCUUCACAACAUCAACUGAGCUAAAAGUUCAUCAAAGAAGACACACAGGAGAGAAGCCUUACUUCUGCUCUGACUGUGGGAAGAGUUUCACCCGAUUGGCUACCUUAAAAACACAUCAAUGUAUACGUAAAGAAGAGAAUUCACAUCACUUGUCUCAGACCAGCUAAGAUUAAAGUCACUCCAUCAAUUAAUCCUCAUCUCAUAAAAGAAGUGGUAACAUUAAUAAAGAGUAACACUAUUGUAAUUAUAUUGUUUCUCACUGUGAGGGAACUGUGAAGAGGAAAGAGUGCGUUAUAGAAUGAUGUCAUUGGAAAGUAUCCUUUUUUUAAUGCACCAUUUGCACAUGUGUUGAUGUUGUGGUGGUGCUGGAGAUGAUGAAUAUGAAGUUGAAACAUUAUAGAAAUUUCCCUUUAAGACAAAAACGGGUCGGGGUGGAUGGGUCAGCAUAUAACAUGAAUAUCUUGCAACCCAAAGGUUAGUGUAUGUGGGCACCUGCUCGUGGAACAUCUCAUUCCAAAAUCAUGGGCAUUAAUAUGGACCUGGUCCCCCUUUUGCUGCUAUAACAGCCCCCAUUCUUCUGGGAAGGCUUUCCACUAGAUGUAACAUUGCUACGGGGACGUGCUUCCAUUCAGCCACAAGAACAGUAGUGAGGUUGGACGAUUAGGCCUGGCUCGCAGUCGAUAUUCCAAUUCAUCCCAAAGGUGUUUGAUGGGGUUGAGAUCAGGGCUCUGUGCAGGCCAGUCAAGUUCUUUCACACCGUUUUUGACAAAUCAUUUCUCUAUGGAUGUGUAUUUGUGCUUGGGUGUAUUGUCAUACUGAAACAGGAAAGGGCCUUCCCCAAACUGGUGCCACAAAGUUGGCAGCACAGAGUGAUCUAUAAUGUCAUGUUAUGCUGUAGCCUCAAGAUCUCCCCUCACUGGAACUAUGGAGCCUAGCCCGAACCAUGAAAAACAGCCUCACACCAUUAUUCCUCCACCAACCUUUACAGAUGGCACUAUGCAUUGGGGCAGGUAGCGUUCGCCUGGCAUCCACCAAACACAGAUUUUUCCAUCGAACUGCCAGAUGAUGAAGAGUGAUGCAUCACUCCAGACAACACGUUUACACUGCUUCAGAGUCCAAUAGCGGCGAGCUUUACACCCCUCCAUGCGCAUGGUGAUCUUAGUCUUGUGUGCGGCUACUCGGCCAUGGAAACCCAUUUCAUGAAGCCCCCGAUGAACAGUUCGAUUUUAUACUCCUGUCAGCAAUGGGUGUGGCUGAAGUAGCCAAAUCCACUAUUUUGUGUGUAUAUAUAGUGUACUUAGCAUGUUAAUUCAUGUUUGCAACAACAAAUUGGAAUUUGUCAAAUAUACGCAUCGCAAAUUCGUAACAUAUUGUACGAAUUGUCAUUCAUACAUCUUAGAAAUCGUAUUACAUUCAUAGGCCAAUGUAACAUAACAUACUGCAUCAUACUAAAUUGAGUGGUAUGGUUUUGCUCUGACACCAAGUUCUCCCUCUGCAGUUCUCUGUUGAAUGAGCUAGUAGACACAUGUAUCAGAUAAAGAUGGUGUGAUGAUCAGUUCUCUGUGGGAAUGAGCUAGUAGACACAUGUAUCAGAUAGAGAUGGUGUGAUGAUCAGUUUUCACCAUUACUUUGGGUGGAUACUUUUUUACUACAUAAUGACUUUUGUUUAAUGAUACACAGGCUAUGAAAUGACUUCCCUGUUUAUUAAAUUGUCUUUUAAAACUAGAUUAAUUAUUAUAGUAAUUGAUCAUUAAUACAUUUGGAUAACUGUAAUGAACUUAAUUUAUCUGCUAAUGAAAAAUAAACAUUCUACAUGAAUUUUUGCUAGUCAACCUUUGUUUUUUGGGUUAUCUAUACAGAAAAUACAAUGUUAAUUUCUAAUUGACAUGUUUAUCUACUCAAAACAUGUCACUACACCUUUACACAUCACCAUGGGGACAAGCCAAUUUGCUAGCCACCAGUAAUUGCUACAAUGCACACAUAGAUGUUUUGCAGUAGAAAAGACUUACAUAUGUUUCUUAUUAAAUAAC